CAUCAAGGUCCGAUACCGGAUGAGCUCAGUGGAGCAAUUGGUGGACAAAGCCAUACGCCAUCAAAGAGUCCCAUUUAUCGGCUACGACUGGGCGUAGAGAACGCACCGGUAGGCUAUGAACCGGAGGGAGCCGUCGGCAACACAUCGGGUGAACUCAAUGUGAGCAGUGGUGAAGAACUGUUAGCUCAGGGGCCGUAUAUGGGACAGGAGCCGGUGCUCCGGGCAAAAACCAUAAGGGAUUUACACAAACUUAGGAAUAAGGGUUUUGACAUAGACUUUGAUGACACUAAACAUCUCGGAAAGGGUGUAUUCGGCACUGUAUAUAAGGGCGUGUAUAAUGAUAAGAUUAGUGAGUUGAGUGAUAAGGAGGGC